AUGUCAGCAAUGAUGGUUAAGGAGUUGGAUUUGAUUGAGCAGUUCAGAGACAUGAGUUUGGUUUGUGAAGUGACACCGCAGAGUGUUAAAUUGGGAAUGUUAAAGAUUGAUAACGAUUUCCUGGACAACAUUAGAGAAGCUCAGAAGCUAGAUGUGAAAUUGGUGGAUUUGAUGGUUGGAACCGAUCAGGCUGAAGAUAAUGAUUACAAGUUAGAUGUGCAAGGUGUAUUGAGAUUUCGUGGUAGGAUCUGUAUUCCUGAUGAUGCGGGAAUGAAAAGAGUUAUUCUUGAGGAGAGUCAUAAGAGUAAGUUAAGUAUUCAUCCAGGAGCGAUGAAAAUGUACCGUGAUUUGAAGAAUUUAUUUUGGUGGCCUGGGAUGAAACGUGAUGUGGCGCAGUUUGUGUAUGCAUGUUUGACUUGUCAGAAGUUGAAAGUUGAGCAUCAGAAACCUGCUAAUUUGAUGCAACCGUUAGAAAUUCCAGAAUGGAAAUGGGAUAACAUUUCGAUGGACUUUGUAACGGGAUUACCGAACACUUUAAGGGGAUGUGAUUCGAUUUGGGUGAUCGUUGAUAGGCUUACAAAGUCAGCUCACUUCAUUCCUAUAACAUCACUUUUCCAAUAUCGAAGUUGGCAGAUAUUAGUAUUAGAGUGA